AUGGCGGCCCGGCAGCAGCAGGAGAACCGACCCGACUGGUCCGCAGCUGUCGACCAUCUCGAAAGUAUAAACACACCCGAGACGGCUCCGAGCACGAGAAGCCCUAAGAGGAAAGCGGUCGCCGAUGACGGACCGGUUCAAAAGAGGUACCGGAUUCUAAACCCGUCAGACAUCUUUAAAGCCAAGUACCAGCAGCAACAGAAACUUGGCCAAGGAGGAUAUGGAUGCGUGUUUGCUGGCUACCGCAGAGCGGAUAAUCUGCCUGUCGCCAUCAAGCAUACUAACAAAGAAUUAGCGGCUUUCAUUCAUGAAGACAGUGAUGGGAACCAAGUCCCCAUGGAGGUCGCCAUCCUACAGAAACUAGCAGAAGAAUCAGAGCGGCAUUCAGCAAUGAUUACCAUACUGGACUGGUAUGAUGUGGACGAGGAGCUGGUCAUCGUGUUAGAGAGACCGAUCCCGGCCGUAGACCUGGGCGUCUACAUUAAACUCAAGGGAGGCUACUUGCAGGAAACGGAAGCCAAGAUCAUAAUCAAGCAGUUGGUGGAUGCAGCACUUCAUCUCCAGCAGAAAAACAUUUUCCACGGGGACAUUAAGGUGGAAAAUCUCCUUAUUGAGACGUGCGUUACGUCGCCGCGAGUUCACGUCAUCGACUUCGGUGUGAGCUGCUUCUAUGAAGAAGGAGAGGCCUUUAACGUGUUGUAUGCUACUCACGUUCCUCCAGAGUUUUUAAGUCGGGGGGAAUACCAAGCCGGACCCUCAACAGUAUUCCAGAUCGGAGUGGUCCUGUUCCACAUGCGACAAAGAGUGAAAUAUAGAGCGGACAUGUCCUUCGAGGAGCUGACUAAGACCUGUUGGCUCUCCAAAUAUGGCAAAAAUUUCUUUCAGGCGUGCAUAUAUCCGGACCCGAAUCAUCGUUUCGACCUGGACCAGCUGAAGAAUCACCCGUGGCUGAAAGAGUGUUGA